AUGUCUACGUGUACAAUGUUCAGCUUGGUAAUCCUUGGUCUGUGCCUUGUAACCACUAUCAGUCAAAAAGUUGGACAGUUGUCUCUGGAGUAUCAAUGGAAAUCAUUAGACUUUGAAUGGCCGAGUGACAGCAUUAAACAGGAGUUUAUCAAGAAUGGCAGCUUCGUUCCCGAAAGUAACAUGGCCAGCGGGAUCAAGGUAUACAAUGGAAGCGUGUACAUCACAGUUCCUAGACUGAAGAAAGGUGUUGCAUCAACGCUGAAUGUCAUCAUUGAGAAAGACGGGAAGGCAAUACUUAGACCCUUCCCCAGCUGGUCGAUGCAGACUAUUGGGGACUGCUCCGCCAUCCAGUUCUCCCAGAGCAUGGAGAUCGACCCCUUGACGGGAUGGAUGUGGAUCAUAGAUACAGGAAUUGGAUUAAUGGCUGAUCCCACUGAGACAAUCUGCCCUCCUAAACUCAUCAUCUACGACAUCAACCGUAAACGUAUAGUCAGAACCCAUGUUUUCCCUGAUCAUGUUGCAUCCAGGUCUUCCUUCCUGAAUGACAUCGUCCUCCACAGAGUGGGUGGUAAAGCUGUCCUUGCGUACAUCAGUGAUAGUGGACCAGCACAUAUAGUGACCUACGACUUCCGGUCUGACAAAUCGUUCACUUUUGCUGACAGCAGCAUGUUAGCAGAAUCUCCACCAUCUUCUGUUGUUCAUAUCGGCAACAGAUCCUACCCAGAGACAUUCCCAAUAAAUGGUAUUGCCAUGUCGCCAGACUUCAGGUACGUGUAUUACUCAUCUCUAGCAGGUACUAGCUUGUACCGAAUACCUACAACCAUUCUCUCCAAUCCGAAGGGGUUAUUCAAGCAAUCUGUUCGUAAGGUCGGAGUGAAGAAAUCUCAGUCUGAUGGUAUAGCAUUUGGGAAGAAAUUUAUGUAUUACGGUGCUCUUAGUUCAAACGGUGUGUACCAGUGGGAUUUCAUGAAGGACCAAAACAUGGCAGCCGGACCGGAUGACAUAACUUUGACCACUCAGGUUCUUGUUGCUCAUGAUGAUCAGCGGAUGAAAUGGGUGGACACCUUAGCUUUCGACAAUGAAGGUUCACUCUGGUUCACAGCUGAUAAUGCAGGAAGCUUCUUAAUUGAAAAGAUGAACAUCUCCAGCCCUAACAUGUUUGUAUGGAAACUGUAUUUGGGCGAAAAUGGUUACCUUGGAACCAAGUGA